CCGAGGCGCGGCGCGCGGCGGUGGCCUAUUUCUAACCUCGACCUUCGCCUAGCCUCGCCGCGCUGGAGUCCAGGGACUCCGGGGCGCAACACACUUACAGUGCCGCGAUGCAACUCAUCUGGGCGUGAAGCAAACCCCGGGACUUCACGAGGGCCCGCGUGUUCUCACGUUGCUGGCCGUGUUGGCCGCGCUGGCUGUGCUAGCGCCACCAUUCCACUGUCGCGCGCUGUCCGACAUGGGUCCUCCAUGGCUGAGGGUCUUGGGGGUCAUGGUCGCCGUCACGGCUGUGGCAUGCCAGCAGUUCGGGAAAAUCUAUGGCACCUUCCGAGUCAUCCCCAAGCACCUGGAGGAGUGCCCACCGGAGAUGCGGCCGGCCCGGAAGCUGUACACCGUCAACGUGUCCGCCAUGAGGGACCGCUCCAAGGCCGACGUGUGGCUGUACUCCGCCAACGGCACGCUGCACGUCCCCGCAGACGACAACUACACCGUCUCGGGCAACGUGGCGUCGUGGAGCCAGAUGGGCGGCUGGAAGGACAACGCCUACAUGGUGGAAAUCCCCAAGAUGUGCUCGGCCAUGAAGGCCCUCUUCCCGGACCUGUGGCGCAGGGUCGCGGCCGGGAGCUUGGAACCGGAGAGGAUAGACUGCCCCCUCAUGCCGGGCUUCUACUCCGUCUCCAACGUGGCGACGGACUUCAACAUCGACUUCCCACCCACCUUCUUCUACGGCAAGUGGCGGGGCACGUUGACAGUCUCCAACACGGUCUCCAAGGAGAGGACUGCCUGCGUCCGCGCCUUCUUCGACACCGUCCCCAAGACGGGCAAGGGCAAGGACUCGCCCGGCAAGAAGCCCUCUGAUUUCACCAAACUCGUCCUCGCCAAGCUCAACAUGAGCAAGUUCAACUCCCAGGGGCAAAUACAAUAAGCAACUCUGAACAGCGGUUUGUUGCGUGCCUGAAUUAUUUCCCCUUAUACUUUUUACAUGCGUUCGGCGGCAAUGCCUGCCCAGGCCGAGCGGAGAGGGGCAGUUUCCAGCGUCCCUUUCCUUUCCAUUCCAUUGUGGAUCUUGACGUUGUAUUCGCACGACCCGAACCAGGUGACAUGACGAGUAACGACUUUGCACCAGGCAAGCCUCCUGAAAAGUGUAACCUGGAACUCGAACGCCGGUUCCCAGGCCGCCCAUGUACGGUCUCGGCUCGGCUAGGGGCCGGGGUCGGCAGGUCGGCGGCUGGGUCGACUGGGUCGGCAGGUCGGAAUCGCCACUUCCCCUUCUGGCACUCCGCAGACUCGUAAUCUUUGCCAGUGGUGCCAUGCAACGAGGAAGGACUGUGGAGUCACUAACCCGGCUCGGCGACGU